AUGGUUGAGGUAGGACUUUUGUUUCAGAACAAAUACUUUGAAGGGAACUACGUUAUCAUUGGCAGCUUAGCUGCCAGAAGAGAAGGGGCGGAAAUUUGUAGAAUACUGCAAGUCUUCCAGCCAGAAAAACCUCGCAGCCAUACUCUCGUCUACUGGAUCAAAGUAUCCUUGCCCAACGACAAGGUCCAAUACUUAUCUACGAGAAAAGAUGGGUACGUGAAAACCUUGGGACCCAAUCACUCUGAGUAUGUUAAGACGCCUAAAGUACAAGUCAGUCCGAGUGGCCAGCUCGACAUUAGUGGUCGAGCAAAGAGCCACUUUGCCGGACAAGGAUCGCACAUCACAGCUAUCUCCUUCCCCCAGAAGUACCUGAAAGCUAUGUACGACAAGAGGAGUCUAGUGGGCAUCGUCGACUACAUCUGUCGUAUCUCAGUCUUCCUUCCGGAGUACGCCAAAGACCUUUCCGACGGCAGAGGAUCGCUCCCCGAAGAUGGGGGAGAAUACAAGUACUGCAAAGAAGCUCUCGAAAACCAGCUCAUGAACGUCUCAACGACGCGAGGGUACGAUGGAGUGGUGGAGCAGCUGGCUAAGAUAGCUCUCGUCUUCUAUCAACGAAUCGAGGAUAUCACUGUAGAUAUCAACAAAGUGGUUGGCUGUGACUGCAGUAAGGCUGGCAGCAACACACCCAAGAAUGCCUCCAAGUCCUGGCAGUUUAUCGACUUUCCAGCCAUUCUCGUGCACGCGGCGGCGUCUGUGAAUCCUUCUGAUCCCAGCAAGAGCAUAGGAGACAAGGUGAAGGAGAUGCUGGCCCGGCAUCUCUUUCUCUGUCCGCAUGGCAUCAACGGCAAAGACCUCAAGGUCCUGGGCAUCGAGAAGAGCGACGUCGACGUCGAAGACAUCAAGAGGUUCUUGCAGGAAGUGAAAGACUCGUUUGAGAGUAGGCAUAAGAGUAUCACACCCUUGAGAGCGGACCAUCCCAAGAAACUUCUUCUCACCAAAUCGUGGGAGACGUACACGAGCAAGGAAGUGGAGGAGACCCUGGGGGACAAGGAGAGGAGUGUUUCCAAAAAUGUCAACGCGACAGCCAAGACAUCAGAACAAGAAUAG